AUGGCGACUUUCACAGUGUUAGAUCAAGCUGAGGAAGACAAACUCCACGCGACUCGGCUCUUAGGUAUUGAAGAACGCCCCUUCAAACGAGUCUCCAAACGCCUUCUUGCAUCUACUGCUCCUGUAAACUCUUUUCUUGCGCGACCGAGCCCGUCAGACGACAACGUCCCUGCGCCAGAACUGUCUGUAGACCAACAUGAGCAUUUCCUCCAAUCCCUGACACGCUUUCGCGAGGACGUAAUCCUCGACUUCGCCGCCUUUGAAUCCUCUAUUGCACGCACCGAAUUCCUCCGCGCCGCAAACACCCGUGAACGAGAGCGUUACGCUUCAGAAAAGCUCAAGAUUGAACAAACCGCCAACGACGUGCGGGAGAACCUGUCACAUCUGAGAGUGCAGCUUGAUGAGGCGCAGAAGACGCUAGCAGUUCGGAAAACCUAUGAUGUGCUAGCGGAGAAGAUCACAAGAGAUGAAAAGCUAAAAGUCACAAGAGCCGAGCAACAUGUCAAUCUCGAGAAACUCAAGGCUGAAAUCGAGGAGUUAGAACGUGAGAGCGCAGAGUUGAAGGUCGCCUGGGGCGAGAGGAGGGAACAGUUUGAACGAGUCAUGCAGGAGGGGACAAGGUUGAGAAGGGUCAUUAGAGAUGAGAAGGAGCCAGAACCAGAGGGCGAGAAGGACGAUGCUGACCAAGAGAGAGAAAGAGAGGGCGACGAUGGAGAAAGGGAGAGAGACGGAUUGUCUACUGCUGGGACACCCAGGCCUAUAGAUGAUGCGCCGACCCCCUUCCCAGCUGGGCUCAGAGGAAGCGGCGGGCUGACACCUCGAUCGAAUCUGCUGGAAGGGCACGCUAGUACAGGAGGGGCUACGCCGCAGCGGCCAGAUGAGGACCUUGAUAUGCAUGGCAACACUGGAGUAUCUUCUGUUGGGGAAGAUGGCAUCAGGGACGCUGCAGGGGCUGCUCUUGAGAACGCUGCAGAUGAUAUGGACACAAGCUAA